AUGGCGGUUUUCGGCAAAAAUGUCGAUUGGCUCGUGAAAAAAGGAGCUAAAGGAAUCGAUGCUGCAGUAGAGACUGGUGAAAGAGCUGUUAAAACAGUUGGUGAAACGUUUUCUACCGGAGUUCAGUAUUCAAAGGACAAGCUUGCUGAAGGAAGUAAAGCAAUCUCCGAAGUCGGCUCUCAAACUGUCGAAGAUGCAAAAAAUACAAUUAUCGGAACAAACGGAGCCAUCAAAAAUGGAAUGGAGCAAGGAAUCAUCUUCACAAAUGGAGUUGUUUCAGAAGGAGUAGCGAAGAUCAAGACCAAAGGUCAAGAAACUAUCGACUAUAUUUCUUCCUGGUACUCGCAAUUUUUCGGUUGA